AAAAAAAAACACGGACAUCAAACGAAGCGGACGAAUCUCAUGAAAACUUGUAAAAAGAAAUUGUAGGUCUUGAUGAAACCCAUCUAGAUGAAGACUGUACGGUGUAAACUGCCCCGACUAACCAAGAGUAACCUCAUCACAUUGGCAGUUGUGGUCAUCAUCAUUGCCCUCCUCCAUGUUGUGAUUCAGUUUGAGCAAGAUUCUCAAGAAGAUCUCAGCAAUUUAGAUUUUCCUGGGGAGAACUUAGCUUUACCACGCUCUCUAACACCAUUAGAAGAAUUUCCAAAGAGUGGGAAAAGCCAAAUUCCUAAGAUCAUUCACCAGACUUGGGCAAAUACCAAAAUCCCCAACUCCCUGGUGCCGUUCAUCAAUUCUUGGACAUCACAUCAUCCUGACUGGGAAUACUGGUUUUGGACAGAUGAUUCUGCUAGAGAGCUCAUCGCUGACAAGUUCCCGGAGUACCUGUCCAUGUUUGAUUCAUACACCGAGGGAAUCAGGAGAGCUGAUGCCUUGCGGUAUUUUGUUCUGUACGAAUAUGGUGGUGUGUAUUCUGAUUUGGACUUAGAAAACCUUCAGUCUUUGGAGCCUAUGACACGGAAAUAUUCCUGUUUUAUUGGUCAGGAGCCAUGGGAACAUCCCAUACUGGACUCAAACUUUGAAGGUUUGGCCAUAAACGCCAUCAUGGGUUGCAACAAGAAACAUCCAUUCAUGAAAUUUGUGAUGGAAAAUCUCCCAAAUUUUGCCCAUAUGUGGAAUGUAUUAGACAGCACUGGUCCUCACUUCAUCACACUUCUCUAUCGUUCCUACAUAAAAUCUGUGAAAGAACCAUUAGAUCCUGGAGGCGUCUAUUUAGCUCCGGCAGAAUAUUUUUUUCCAACUUUAGAUCCAGUGAAAUUCUUUUAUUUUAAGCAGAAAUGUUACAAUUAUAAAAGUUUAAGUCGACUACAGCAGAAGGCUUGUAUGUCCUUAAAACUGAAUGGUAUGGUAAGGGAGCCAUUGUCAUAUUCCUUUACAGUUCAUCAUUGGAUACAUACUUAUUUAAGAUUCAGUUUUAAUUUCUUUCAGUCCAAAACUGAUAUAUCUGAAGUAGUACCAAACUUCAAGAUGUAUGGUGAGAAAAACAGAAAAUAGGUAAGGUGACACAAGUUUUAUUUUGUGUUUUAAGGGCGAGCCGACUCUAGAAAAUAUAAAUAAUGGAAAGAAUUGAAACUGAAAAUCCACCUAUUUAUUUUGUCCGAUCUCCAAGUAUUGAUGAAUUUCCUGUUAUUUUAGGCUUUCCUAUCAUGUAAAUAUUUCUUUGACAGGGAAAAUCGAUAGUCCAGAUUUUCCACAAAUUGGAUGAUUUCAAGUUUUUAUUUUUAUACCUUCUCACAACAUUGAAAAAGGUUUUAUUCUGCCCAUAAAACAACAAUUAAAAAUUGGUGAGGUCAUGAGUUUGAAUGUGUAAGCAGUUGUAAGGUAAAUUAAGCAUCAUUGAGUGGCUGCUGUUGAGCAUUCUGAGGGUGGGUUAAAUAGAACAUUCCACAUCUUUGUGUCUCGUACAUAGGGGCUGCUCAUAAAUUAUGUAUGCUGGUAAUCUGGGAUUUUCAUCCACCAUGUCAGCUUAAUCAGCAUUGAUUGUCACACGAUCUUACAAUGGCAUUUGUCAAAUGGUGGUGGCUGAAAGUACUCUUACUCAUGGUCACAUCUACAAUGGUAUUGGAAUUGAUCGACUUACCUGCAACCAUUCUGGCAGCUAAUAUUGCUGAGCAUUCCGUGCAUCGCAAUGAAUUGCAAUUGCAUUGUGACAAAUGUAUGCCACAAUAAACCUGGCCCCAUGUUACAAAACUGUGCAGUAUUCUUACCACAUAUAAUGCCAUCCUGACGUGGGUUUAUAGACCCUAUGAUGUUUUACUUGAGCAACUUGUAUUCCAUAUAAGGAGUUCUUGUGGUGGGUUAUAUGGAUAUUCUCCUCACUCGGAAGCAUCACCACUUACAUACUUUGGUCGGGACUCUGCAUUUCUAUGUACAGAGAAUGUUUAAGUCCAUUAUACGAUUUUGGAUCCAGAUUUAUUGUUUUGUACUUACACCAAUCAAUGACCACCCUCUCCUCCCUCUGUGUGCACCACACCCUCACCCUUCCGCCCCAUAAUAGUUCUGUGCUUACGGGAAUAAUUAUGUUUAAAAAUUGUUUCACAAGUUUGCCUUUUUUUUCAAAGUUGUGUAAAUAUUUUUCAAGUUGUCUGUAAAAAGUUUGCAUGUCUGUAAAAGUAAUCCUGUCAUGAUUUUUAGUUUCUGAAAGAUGUUUGAUAUUUCUGUUCAUGAAUUUUCUUUCCAUGAUUUUUUUUAUUAAGUUUCAGUUAAAUUAUGAAUAGUAUAUCAAAAUGUAAUGUCUGCUGAGAAAGGUUGUCAGAGUUAUUAUCAACACUCCAGGAAAGCAGGAAACAGGGAUGCUUCUGUAAUCACCAAAUAUUUCUCUAUUUUUUUAUUUAUUUUUUUAUAUGUGAUUUUGUCUGGUCUUUCAGCAUUCAGCAAUGUUAUACAUGGUCUCCAAGAGUACUUAAGAACUCCUAAAAAAUGCAAUCUGAAUAGCUUUAUUUGUGUAUGUUUUCAUGUUAAAAAAAUAUGUGUACAAAUUAUUUCUUUCUCCCACCAUAAUGCUAGCCGCCGUCAUAUAAGUGAAAUAUUCUUGAGUGCAGCGUAAAACUUAAAUAAAUAAAUUUGUUCAACAAUUUGUUCUGUCUCAAAAUGUUGUGUUAUGCUCAGUGUUAAUAGUUAUAUUUUGCCACUCUCUCUUGCUCUCUAAAAUGCAAUAUGUCUUCCAAAUUUUAUAUAAUGUAUUGUCCAUGUGUGUAUGGUUGUUAGUUAUGAGGCCGAUAACACUUGAUUCCUUGUUUCCCAUCAAAUCAUUAUGGAACAUUGGUGCAGACGGCAGAAUAAUUUACAUUUUUCGUUAUCAUUAUUUUCUGGUAAUGUCAAAUAUUGAAAUAAUGAGUUCUUAUGCACAUGAUAAAAUGACAUGUGGGUGGGUGACAGGAAAAAAGAAAUCUUGUGAUUCGCCUAAGAGAUUGAAAUCCAAGUUUAUGCUUUUGUAUGUGUGUAUGUGUCACAACUUGGCCGAAAACAAACUGUAGGUUGCCAGUAAGUGUCCGUAAUCUAUGCAUAAACACUACACCUUAGGUACAAAUGCACUUAUGUAUGUAAGGAUGUUAUUUAACAUCUUUUUCACACCACCAUAGUGUAUUUAAUCUUUGUUGCAUUUUGCCAAAUCAGUAAUUAACAGGUUCUGCAAAUUGAAUGCUUAGUUUGAAUUUUAGUUUCAUUGUUUGAGUUGUGUUAGUGUUCCAAUCUCUCACAAUUGUCUACACAGACACUGCUUUGAACUUUUUGUUAUUUUGUAAUUUAAAUCUGGAAGACAAUGGGAACAUAACAUCUGCAUUCUGUAUCAUAAGAGGCCAGAUUCAGAUAUACAUAUAUACAGUAGUAUUCUUCAAUCUUUUCGCCUGUUUGCAGGGUGUUUAUUCAAGCAUAUGCUGGAGGCAUUAUUGUGUGUCGACUAACGAAAUUAUACAGUUUGUGAAGCCCUGACAAUGACCAAUCCAACCAGUGUUGUUUUGUCUAAAAACACAAAUCAAGAAUGUGCAUAAAUUGCCAAAAGUAUAGAUACUUCAAAUUAUGAUAGAGGAAUAUUGAUGCACAGCAUGUGCCAAACCACCACUGGAAACUUAUGUUAACAUAGGUUGACGUUUAUGAAACCUGCUACCCUGGGGAACCUAGUUGAGUUGAUGUAUAAAACAGUGUUGAUCCAAAAUUCUGCUAUUAUUAAAUUUUUAUUUUCUGUGCAUUUAUUCAGGUUAAUAUUUAGGAUGUUUUCAAUAAACAAAUAAAAGUCUUCUGACCACUUGUCAAAGUAUGGACCCAAAAGACUUUCCUCCACCUCAAAAUUAGCACGCCUCUGGAGAUUUUGAAGGUUCUGCACAUGCCUCAUGUAUUUUGCCAUUAAUCAUAUAAAAUAAAUAAACACUGCAAUGGGUGCUGGUAUUGUAAGAAAUGUUGCCUGUCUGACUUGUUAACAAAAUCUAAAAUUUGCUCUUUUAUUUUGCUCUUGUGGCGAUUUGCCUUUCUGAUAAAUUACAGGCCAUUACUCAUAUUCUCCAUGACUGACCUUAUCAGUUAUGUUUGCUCCUAGUGAAGAAAGCAUGCGAUUCACUCCUGACUUCUAUAGUUUGUUGCGAGAAAUCAGCAUGCUUUGAUGUUACAAAAUUGUGAUGAUUAUAUGUCAAGUCUUGUCUCUAGAGCUCACUGAGGUGAUGAUCAUGACAAUCUGAUGACGAUAUUUUUGUA